UUUCAACAUUUUAGUUUUUCUCAAUAUAUUUACGUCCUUUUAUAGGUACGUAAACUUUACAUUUACUGAAACCUAAAAAUCCAUCAUUUAUUAAUUUUCGAUAAACAUAUUCACAACCUUUUUAAAAAGAUUGCCGGUUAUUUGAUAACUCGACUCGACACUCGACUCGACCACUGUCCCUCAACCCUUCAAUGCGCUUCGCCUUCGCUUCGCUGCUUCGCUGCCAAACUUGGUAUCAACGAAAUGUCAGAUUCAUUGAUUGUUUUGGCAUUUGACAACUCUGCUGUGGACUCCAAAAUCCGGCUCCGCGGCUCCGCGUUCGUGCUUGACAGUUGUUUCUAGCUUCGCGGCGCCGAUACACUUUUUAUUAAGCAUUUUGUAUCAAUAAAAUACGUUUAUUUGUAAUUAAGUCGUCAGGGAAUUAAAAGACAAUCACAGCCAUGGCAAUGGAGAGGAUAGACAUUACCCAGCCACUCUGGGAUCAGAGCACAUUCGUGGGCCGGUUCAAGCAUUUCGCUUUCAUUUCCAACCCUCUACUGUCCCUCGCCUCAGAGAGCGAGCUGCAUGCGGCUAAAGACCUAUACUUGAAAUACAAAGCAGGCCAAGAGCCAGCAGGCACAAAAUACGAGCAACUAGUGCGAGCGAAGCAGCUUUACGAGUCCGCCUUCCAUCCCGACAGCGGGGAGUUGCAGAAUGUGUUCGGCAGAAUGUCAUUCCAGAUGCCCGGAGGAUGUCUUAUUACGGGAGCCAUGUUGCAGUGGUAUAGAACACCAGUAGCAGUAGUAUUCUGGCAGUGGGUGAAUCAAUCCUUCAACGCGCUCGUGAACUACACGAACCGUAACGCGAACUCCCCUCUCACCACCACACAGAUGGGCAUCGCUUAUGUAUCGGCUACAUCAGCCGCCAUGACAACGGCGCUAAUCUUCAAGUUUAGCGUUCAGAAGAGGGCGAAGAACCCUAUUUUAGCUCGUUUCGUCCCAUUCGUAGCAGUGGCGGCCGCUAACUGGGUGAACAUUCCUCUGAUGAGACAGAAUGAAAUACUAUUAGGUCUGGAUGUAACGGAUGAAAAUGGAAAAGUUAUAGGCAAAUCUCAGAUAGCGCCCGCUAAAGGAAUUUCUCAAGUAGUAACUUCGAGGAUAGCAAUGUGUGCCCCGGGCAUGCUGCUGCUGCCGGUCAUCAUGGAACGCUUGGAGCCGAAACCCUGGAUGCAGCGCAUACGAUGGGCACACAUCGGCAUACAGACCGCUAUUGUGGGCAUGUUCCUAACAUUUAUGGUGCCUACUGCCUGUGCAAUCUUCCCACAGAGAUGCAAAUUAUCCAUAGACACAAUCAAACGUUUUGAAAAGGAUAACUAUGAAGAAAUCUUGAAGAACACGAAUGGAAAGCCACCAGAAUACGUGUACUUCAACAAGGGAUUGUAAACUAUUAGUUUUUGUAAGUGAAAUAUUCUCAUAUAAGAGUUAAAUGCAAGUUAUAUGUAUCCAGUGUGGUAAGUGUUAAAUGAUCAAGAAGGAUAUUUUUAUUAUUAUUUAGGCGAUUCUCACACUGUCCCGCAUGAUGCAGUGUAGCGCGUGGAUGCGUGUUCUUCCGUUGUUUGUAAGUAUCUCCGUUUGUAUGGAAAACACGCACAGUCCAACACACUGAAAAUGCAUCCACGCGCGUUCAUGCGGAUCACGCGCAUACACGCGGAG